AAAUAAAAUAAAAGGUAAUGGGCAAUUUGGCCUUGCAAAAAGGGGUGUCCGUGUGUGGGUGUUUUUCCAUUUUCCCCUAAAUAGUAACGGACCGUAGCAUUUCCCAACAAUUUAUUCAUCACAAGCAGCAUUAGCAGAAAAGCACACAACCAUGGCUAUGCUGAAGCGAACGGCGCUGAUGAGAUCGCUCGUCAAUGGCUUCGGAGGAUCGAGGUCUUACGCAUCCGUCGCAGUGGGCUCCGACUUGUUAUCGGCCGCGCCGGACGUUUCCCUCCAGAAAGCUCGCUCUUGGAACGAGGGGGUUGAGUCCAAGUUCUCGACCACUGCUUUGAAGGACAUUCUCAAGGAUAAGAAAGUUGUCAUCUUUGGCCUCCCAGGAGCCUACACUGGUGUGUGCUCGGCACAGCACGUUCCCAGUUACAAAAACAAUAUCAAUAAAUUCAAGGAAAAGGGAAUUGAUUCAGUGAUAUGUGUGGCUGUUAAUGACCCCUAUGUAAUGAAUGGCUGGGCAGAAAAGCUUCAGGCUAAGGAUGCUGCAAAAUUUAAGUUUGCUGAGUCUCAAAUGGUGAUUGAAUUCUAUGGAGAUUUUGACGGGAGCUUCCAUAAAAAGCUGGACUUGUCCAUUGAUUUAAGUGCUGCAUUACUUGGACCUCGUUCUCAUAGGUGGUCGGCUUAUGUGGUCGAUGGAAAGAUCAAAGUUCUCAAUGUUGAGGAAGCACCGUCUGAAUUCAAGGUUAAGACAUUAUGCAACGGUCUUGUUGAUCCUUGUCUUUUGGAUCGAGAUAAAGCGCUGGUUUUUGUGAAUGAGGAAAACAGGCUCGUCCAAGGAAUCAAUCAGUACCGCACAUCCUUAAACCUCACGGCCUUAACCCACAAUGAACGGGCCGAAUGCCUCGCGAGUGAACUCGCUGACCAGUUCAAAGGCCAACCGUGCACAAACUCCACUGGCUCAAACACCAUUCCAGGCACCGAGCCCCAGUUUCCCAACUUCCAGAACCUUCUGACCAAAUGCCACCUCAACGUCACCACCACAAGAGACGGGCAGAUAUUGCCCGCAUGCGUGCCACACCUGAACCCAUCUCUCGUGCUUUCGAAUUUCACAAUGUCUCAGUACUCGAGUUUUUUGAACGGGACCCAGUUCAGCGGGAUUGGGGUUGGGUCUGAAGAUGAUUGGAUUGUUGUCAUCCUGACCACAAACACGAGUGAGGGGGAUUACGCGCUCGGGACUAAUGUGGAUAAUGGGGCGCCCGGGAUUGGUGGGAUUGCUGGGUUCAAGGACCUAACUGGUUUAUGGGUUUUAACCAGCUUUAAAAUUUCAAUUUAUGCCAAAAUAGAAGGGAAAUGA